UGAGAAAUAGAAUUGUUAAUGCUCACAAAGCAGGAGAAGGAUAUACACAUUUAUCAAAGUGUUUUCAGGUGUCAAGAACGUCUAGGUUAAGUAUGUAACCUCCGUUCCCGAUGGAGGGAACGAGACGUUGUGUCAGAGAAGCGACACUAGGGGUCUCUCUUGAGCGCCGAUAUUCACCUCUGGACUAUGAAAAAAGGCCAAUGAGAGUUGGCAACCAGUAUUUGCAUGUCCCGCCCCCGGACAUACGGGUAUUAAAUACGGGAGCUCUGUUAACUGUUUUGAAAGCAUGAGUUUUGGAUCAGAGAAACUUGUAUAUAGUGUUUCAAGAAAAUGAGGAAAAUCAAGAAAAAUAGUUUAGGACAAUUACAAAGUUUUCAGAUGGCUGUGCUAAUUGUUUUGAGAGCAGUGACCUGAGUUUGGAGAUAUGCAUAAAAUCAGUUAGUGAGGGGUAAGCGGAUGGGAUUUCUAUUGAUGGGUCAAACCCUUAUGCAGGUUCCAAAUUCUUCAAUCUGUGGCUCCUCUGCAACAAAUAAUACACAUGGAUCCUAGCAGCAAGCUGUCCUUUUUGACAUGGAAUACAAAUGGGUUCAAAAGCAAGACUGAGGAAAUAAAGACAGAAAUAGAGAGACAUAACUGUGAUGUUGUCUUCAUUCAAGAGACACACAUUAAUUCAAAUGACAAAACAUGCUUUUGCAAGCCUUGACCAUUGGGAAUCAUUUUAUGCAAACUACAAACCAAAACAAAGAGGUGUGGCUAUUUUGAUAAGAAAAAAGGUUGUAGGAAAGAUCCACACCAUCAAGGAUACUACUGGCUGCUACAUUGCAGUAAAAUGUACCAUCAAAGGUCAGCUUUACACACUUGUGAGUGUAUAUAAUCACCAAGUGGAUUCAAGACCUCUGAAUAGACUCCAAAUCCUACUCGAGAAUUUUGUAGAAGGAAUCUUAUUGAUUGGAGGAAACUUCAACAUUCCUCUGAAUCCAUAUCUAGACAGAGAUUCUUCAACAAUAAAUGAGCGACAUUUAAUGUUGAAACCAACUGUGGAGAAAUUUAUGACAUCCUUUCAUCUAGUGGAUGUGUGGAGAAGGCUCAAUCCAACAGCUCGGCAAUAUACUUAUUCAAAUGUUUUGAAAGGUUCAAAAAAGAUCCAAUCCAGACUGGACUAUGUUUUUGUACCAGAGGAGUCGAUGCAAUGUGUAGAGAGCUGUACGAUUUCUGAGGAAAACUGCUGUUCGGACCAUCAGCCAGUUCUGUUUGAAAUCAGGUGCAACACAAACAGGAAAUCAACAAAUCAUCUGGAUGUCAGUGGAAAAGAUGAGAAAAUGGACAUAUCUACAUUUGUCUCUGAUGUUUCAAACCAAUGGCUAAGUUGCAAAGAGAAAUUCUGGGAUCAGAAUAUUGUUUUCACUUACAGCCAAGAUGCAUUUAAAAUAAUGAAUGUUACAGAUGUUCAAAACGCAAUAGAGUCCUUGGCAGGGAAUGAAAAAGUUGAACGGAAAGAUGGUGUAUCACUCUUAUUCUAUAAGAGUUAUUAUUAUGCUCUAAUUCCAUAUUUGUGUACUUUUUACCACAAAGUACUUGAGCAACCAAUGACCAUCCCGAAGUCUUUCAAUGAGGGCUAUGCUGUGUCUCAGCAUCAUUACAUCUUUAAUGUUGACUAUCUGAUUUUAGCCACAAUCAUGGCCAGAUGGCUUAGUGAUCACUUGGAUUCACAUUCAAUAGACCACACUGUUGACAAGACAAAACAAAACGUGUUGUUCACCUUUAAAAAGGGAUCAAAAAAGGUGUCAUGGGAUUUCUUAAAGAGCUGCUUUACUACAGAGCAACAGAGAGAGCCACGUUUACCCACUAAAUUUAAGAUUGAUAUUCUUGAAAAUAUCCUGCAAAACAGCUCUGAUGGAAAGAACAAAAUGCUCUACUGGGGUUGUCCUCUGACUCCAGUAUUGAUGAGACUGUGUCUCACACACACUGCUGAAAGAUUUGUCAAAAAUGUGAAGCAGCCAGAAGCAAAGAUCCACAUUUCCCAAGACAAUGUCAUUGUGAGUCUCUAUGAGAAAGUCAGUAGUGAUCUGCUGAAACAAGCAGAGACUGAAUUACCCUGUGUGCACUGUAAAUUUGUUGAUGCGAUCAAAGGGUCAGUGUUUGAGUAGCCACAAAUUCAUCAAACAGGUCGUUUUUAAAGCAUAAACAUUGAGUGCAUUUUAAUGUCUGCAAAAUGUCCUGCCCAACUUGUUGAAUUUCUUAAGCUGCAGUAUCAAGUUGACUCAGUGUCUUUUAGGAAGUACAAAUGUUUAAAUAAAAAAAAAACUAAGAAUUUGAUUAAUUUAAGGCUUUUAGGUCAUUAGUAUUGACAUUAAAACACAUACUCAAACAUGCUCAAACCAUUAAAUUAUGUGUUUACUGCAUCUAACACUGGGUUAUUCCUUAAGGUCUCUUUUUGUGUCCUCUGAAUGUUAUAUACCAUCAUAUAGUUAAUACUGUGUAGAUAUUUGCAAUUUCAUAGAUUGAAGAAUUGAAGUAUGAUUUCAUUUGUAAUCAAAAUUAUCAAAAACACUGCUGUUUUUUCAGAUGUAAACUAUGGUGUCAAGAAAUCAAUAGUCUAUAUAUAAUCAAUCUGAAUCGUCUUCAGAGUUGUCAAAAAUACAUGAAUUUGAUUAUUUAGAGUUUAUAUGAAUCAAUGACAAAGCACAUAACUGAAUAUGUACUGAAGGAUAGUGCAUCAACUUAUAGAUCAGUAUGUAAUAAGACAAUCAGUUCAACAGAUUUAAUAAUGUUAGUUGUGAAUACAUGUUUAAGCAAAUGUGUGCCAGUAGAUGAAUGAUUCAUUUAUGAUAUUUGUGUGAUUUAAUAAUUUUGUUUGGGUGGUUGAUUUCCAUUGAUUUUAUUUCAUUUCUGUUGUCAUCUUUAUCAUUGAAGAAAACCAUGUUAUAUUAUUGUGACUGCCAUGAUUUAGGCAACACAUUGGGUCUUUACUUUUAUAUCUGGACUGGUCAAUAAAUGAAUG